AUGGAGAUUUGCAAAUUUCUCACCGUGAUAUUCGUCGCCGUUGUCGUCCUCUACUCCGUCCAGGCAGCAGAACAAGGAGGAGAUCAUCAUUUGAUGGCCUGCAUGCAAAAACUUAUGCCGUGUCAAAAGUACAUACACGCAGUGAAUCCGCCGCCUCCAGCGUCAUGUUGCGGACCAAUGAAAGAGAUCGUGGAGAAAGACUCCCAGUGCCUAUGCACAGUUUUUAACAACCCGGCGUUGCUCAAAUCACUCAACCUCACCAAAGAAAAUGCUCUUGAUCUUCCCAAGGCCUGUGGAGCUAAUCCUGACGUCUCAAUCUGCACCAAAACCGCUUUAAAUGACGUUGAUUUCAUAUAUUUCUCUCUUAUCAACCACGAAGCAUCUCCGCCUAUUGCGUCGCCCACCAGCGGAGGCUCUUCCGUUCAAGCUGUCAGCAUCAUCGGUCUUGCCUUUGCGUUUGCUUUUGUGGCAAAAAUCUUAUACUGA